AAAACACUUCUGCCUUGAGAGCGGCUUUUUCAAGGGAGCUCAGAGUGUUGCCUCUCCUCCUCCCGGAGCGGAAAGAGUUACGAGGAAGGAGUCGGAGGGGCCCAGAGGGGAAGAGCCAGUGACGUUCCCGUCCUCGCUCUCCAAUCAAGAUAUAAUCAACAGCCCCGGUUCAAGCAGCAGAAGGAAGCGAGGGCUCCUCCAGCAGCCCUUCCUCUCUAAGCUCCUCGGGCUUUUGCUCCCCCACCUCGUGCAGCUUCCCCCUCCCCUUUCUCCCCCCUCCCACCCUUGGGGUGUCGAUUUCUCUUGGCCUGUGUCCCCCUGGAAACUGCCACCCUGAAGUUUCUGGCGGUGCUCCUGGCCGCAGGGAUGCUGGCUUUCCUUGGUGCAAUUAUUUGCAUCAUCGCGAGCGUCCACCCUGCGGUCAGCAACAGUGGAGCUCUCCAAGGUACUGACAAUGGCUCCAACGCCGCGGCGGCAGCCUUGCUGCCUGCCUCCGGCUCCGACAAGACCCUGGGAGCUCUCCAUGGUGCUGGAGAGAGCACCUACGGCGGCUUCUCGGCAGGCCCCCAGGACUCUUUGCUGGACCUGCUGGCCAGUGCCCGGCCCCAGCAGCACCAGCAGCUCUUCAGCCGCUUCCUGUGCACCCCGCUGACCGUCGAGUGCCCAUCGGAAGGAAGCCCGCAGGGGGACAGCCCCGGGGCGGCGGCCAGCGAAGAGCUUUUCUUCCUGCAAAGCACGGCUGAGCAGCUCAGGCAGACGGCGCAGCAACAGAAAGACCAGAUCCUCGUUGACCAGGAGACCAUUCGGGAGCUGACCACCAAGCUGAGCAAGUGCGAGAACGGGCUGGAACUUACUUUCCAGGAUAGCCCCUCGGUCUGGGGCAUCCCCAGGCAAGACACUAUGGGCGAUCUGCCCUGGGACUCCCCAACCAUGAUCCAGGAGCUAGAGGAGGCUGUCAGAACGCUGAAAGACAGGAUCGAGAAGAUAGAGCAGGAUAUCCCGGCCCGAAUGAAUGCUUCUUCCACUUCUGCCCCAGUGCCAACUGAAGAUACAAUCCACACCAAAAUGGAGGCACUGGAGGAACAGAUACUCUCCAAGAUUUUGACUCUGGAAAAAGAACACUCAUCUAUCACCAGCAGUAAUGACCACCAGCAGCAAGAUGUGGAGAAGGAGUUAGAUGCUCUUCAAAGCCGGGUUUCAGAGCUUGAACACGAAACAACAGCCUCCAAACCUCCAGAUGCCUUCAAAGUCACCAUCCCCGUACGGAACAACUAUAUGUACGCCCGGAUGAAGAAGAGCCUGCCAGAGCUUUAUGCCUUCACGGUCUGCAUGUGGCUCAAAUCCAAGGGCCCAACAGGGGUGGGCACCCCUUUCUCCUACUCAGUCCCUGGACAAGCCAACGAGCUCGUCUUGUUGGAGUGGGGGAUGAAUCCCAUGGAGCUGAUAAUAAAUGACAAGGUGGCUCAGCUGCCCAUGAAUCUAAAAGCUGGGAUGUGGCACCACAUCUGCAUUACCUGGAUCACUCGUGACGGCAUAUGGGCAGCAUAUCUUGAUGGUGAGGAGCGUGGGGCCAGUGAGAACCUGGCAUCCUGGCAUCCUGUCAAACCUCAUGGGGUGAUAAUCCUGGGCCAGGAACAGGAUGCAUUGGGUGGAAGGUUUGAUGCCACUCAGGCCUUUGUGGGUGAAAUUUCUCAGUUCAAUAUGUGGGAUCAUGUCCUGACGCCAGCGGAGAUCAUUGGCUUGGCCAACUGCACCAGCCACCUGCAAGGCAACAUAAUCCAGUGGGAUGAAAAACUGGUAGAGGUCCAUGGAGGGGCAGCCAAGUGGAGCUUUGAGAUCUGUGAGGAGAGGAUGAAGGCAUGAGAUGUCCCCAUCAAAAGAAAGAAGCAUGAAAGUGGCUUGCCCUUCCUUCAUCCCACCUAAGGAACAAGGCAGCAAGGGGUUAUUUUCCCCAUACAGAAACAUCGUGGAGCCUGGAUUGGUCUGGGGAGAGCUGUGUGAGUGAGUGUGUGCAUGUGUGCAAGGGACCAUGAAAACUUCUGAACUUAAAGAAAUUGUGACACUGUGUUUUUAAUUGUUCCAGUAAAUCUUGUUCUGAUUCAUACCGUGAGUGGCAAGCAAGGCCCUCCACCAAGAAGGCUAAGGUUAUUGGAUAGCCAUAUCUGAACAACAGUGUGAUCAAGGCCAGGAGUUAAGGUUGUGGAUGACAGGCUGUUGGUGGAUCUGGUAUCACCAAUGUUUCCCUUCUUUCUCAUUUGCCUAUACCUUCAAGUGGUGUGGUAUGGACACAGAGUGGUAUUGUGAAGGGUUCAGAGUCUUCACGGUGAUGGCAUUUUCCCAUGGAAAGCCAUUGAUAGUUCAGGAAUACAAAAGCCAAUAUUCCUCUAGUUCUGCAUGCUUCUACCAAGAAUCUCCCACUGACUUAUUUGCCUUCUAGCCUCUGUUUUAUAGCCUUCACUGAUAAAGUAGCCCCUCAUCUGUAGGCUGUGAUGCUAAAGGACUUCUUAAUUACACAAAGGCCUACAUUUUAGAUUUAGAUUAUCUUUCAUCUUACAAUGACUGACAUACUGCACAAUGUUAUGUGCGCAUUGCAGCCUGACGUUCGUGAAGUUGUGCAAAUGGGCUCAGGCUCAAGCACACAAAUUGUACAAAUGCAGUUGGGGGACAGUAUGGCUUUUAUUUCCUGUUGCACUUAUUUUCUGUUGCACAACUCUGCACAAUUUUUGCACUUGUACAAGAACGCAUUUGUGCAACUGCCUGAGUGUUACAUUGCAACACGCACAUAACGUUGCACAGUAUGUCAGCCGGAGAUCCAACAUUCCAUCCCAAAUGUAACUUCACUGAUGAGAUAUCUGAAUUGCUGUGCAGUCCCAACAUUCAGUUUAUAUAAACAAGGCAUAAGGUUCCGAUUUCCUUUGUCACUGUUUUAGGACUUCAUUCCUUUAUAACAUAUUAUAGCUUUUAAAGAGGAAGAAUAUAAGUAGCAAGCAUAAAUUCCUGAUAUUUCUGCUCAGCCCCCUUUUCUAAACCAUAGUUCUUCUUUCCACAGAGUUGAUUCACACAUGCAUAUUCCUUUUACUUGGUAUCUUAUUACUUGAUUACAGUGAUGACUCACAGCUGAACAUGUGAACGGCUUUGAUUCAAAAGCACUAUAUCUGAAGUGGUUUCUCUUGGUGGUUUUUGAUGACCCAUGAUGCCAUUUCACACAUGCAAAUCACCACUUUGUGCAGCAGUCAUCAAAUGAUGAAUCAGCCCUAACUUUACAGGGUGAUACUAUCAACACUAAACUCAUAGGAUCUGAUUCACUCUCUUGCUGCUUACUCCUGGCAGAUUACUCCCAGUGGUUACAAAUAUGCUAAGAAAUGAUAACAGGAAUUGCACCAGUUGAUACUUUUUACUAGAUGCUCAGUUCCAUCCAACUCUGCAAACUCCAGGUGACCACAGACAGCUGUGACAGACUACUUAAUUUUCCCCUGAUAGGUGUUUGCUCUGUAUUUCCCUCUACUUUAAGAUCCUGGCCCACAACUUUACACCUUUACACCACAACUUUACACCUGAAUUCACAGCAAUCCUGCUUCUGGCUGACACUGUGCAAAGCUCUCUGUGUGUUUUAAUGGAAUAUCCACACAGUCGUGCAAGAGUAAGCUUGUGCAAAAUGUAAAAAUGGCACAAACACAGUUGCACAAUGGGCAGAUGGGAAUAACAGCCAUCCAUCUUGCAAUUGUGUUUGUGCCUCCUUUUUUUUUUUUUUUUGCAUUUUGUGCAUGAGCACUCUUGCACAACUUCACACAUGUUCUGUUAGAACACACACUGAACUUGGUGCAGUAUGAUGGCCAAUAUUCCCUAAAGGAAGUCAAACCAUAAAAAUGCUAGUCAUCCAACGAACAUGCUUUGCCACAUUUCUCCUUUGGAUUUUUUUCUUUAAGGCAUGGAUUAUCUUCUGUUUAUGGUACAUUAACUGAAAGUAGCAGAAAUGGGAAGAGAGUAGCAGAAAAGCUAUAACGCUACUGACCUGUUGCUUUGUUCCUGUUAAUCUCCUUUUCUGUUGUUGUUGCCAGUAACAACAGCAGAUGCUACCUGUGGCUUUUCACCACAAUAAUAAAGGUGUGAAGAAAAUCACAUAAUGGCUGCAUAUUGUGUAUAAGAUGCAUUAAAUAUAACAACAGCCCUGUUGGAUUGGGCCCAAGGCCAAUCCAGUCCAGUAUCCCAUUUCUCAGAUGCCUCUGAAAAGCCCACAGGCAAGAGCUGAGGAUGUUCCCUCUCUCUUACUGUUGCUCCCCUACAACUGGUAUUCAGAGGCAUCUUGCCUCUGAGGUUGGAAGUGGCCUAUAGCCACCAGACUAGUAGCCAUUGAUAUACUUGCCCUCCAUGAAUUUGUCUAAGCCCCUUUUAAAGCUAUCCAAGCUGGUGGCCAUCACCACUUCCCAUGGCAGAGAAUUCCAUAGAUUGCUUACGCAAUGUGUGAAGAAGUACUUCAGUUUCUUGGUCCUAAAAUUCUCGGCCUUCCAUUUAAUGGGAUGACCCCUGGUUCUAGUGUUGUGAGAGAGGGAGAAAAAUUUCUCUCUAUCCACUGUUUCUACUUCAUGCUUAAUUGUAUGCACCUCUAUCAUGUCUCCUUGUAGUCACCUCUUUUUCAAACUAAAAAGCCCCAGAUGCUGUAGCCUUGCCUUAUAAGGAAGGUGCUCCAGGCCCCGGGUUAUCUUGGUUGCCCUCUUCUGCACCUUUCCCAGUUCUGCAAUUUCCUUCUUCAGAUACAGUGACCAGAACUGCACUCAGUACUCUAAAUGUGGUGGCACCAUAGAUUAUAAUAUUAGCAUUUUUAUUUUAAAUCCCCUUCCUAAUUAUCUCUAGCAUGGAAUUUGCCUUUUUCACUGCUGCCGCACACUUAGUUGGCAAUUUCAACGAGCUGUCCACCACAACCCCAAGAUCUCUCUCUUGGUCAGUCACUGACAGCUCAAAUAUUCCUGCCAUAGGCAAAGGCUUACCAAAUGUUAGAUGUCUGAGCAAGGACUGGUUCCAUGCAUCCAGAUGUACAAGAAAUCCAACCUCUGCCCCCAUUUAACUCUGGUUUCCCGUUACGAGCAAAUGCAGCGAUAGCUUUUUUAUUGGGGGUGCUGACUAACAUGAUGUGUAGUUCUUAAGGACACAGAACGCCUUUUUUCCUUUUUGGCAACUAGCCUGAAAAUGGGGACAGGGCAUGGGAACAGUCUGACCAUGCCUAUUUUGACAUCUCUAGCAUUAAGCUAUCAUAGAUACAGAAUCCCCAUUAGGGCGGCCAUACCCUUUUUAGCCCCUCUGACCCCAGGACUUGUUUGCUGGCUGAGUCUGUGGUGACUCAUUCACACUUCACAGGAACCACAUGAAUGUACUUCAACAAAUCACUGAGACUGUUUGAAUAUGAAAGAAAAUGCUGUGUGUGAGGCAGUCCUUACUGGGCCAGGUUUUGAGACAGAAAUGGAUGCCACCACACUCACAAAGAUCUCUAGAUAUCCACCCAUUUUUUCUUAUUUCGGUCCUCAACCAUUGUUCAUUCUCAUUGUGCCACAUCUUGGGAGGAGGAGAGCUCUCGGGCAUUCUUAGAGCAGCUGAUGAGAGAAUCUUCAGCGAUCUUGUCACAGAAAUGGAACGUUGAAGUUGGGGGAGCUCGCAGUUACAGUGGGCAGAGUUGCUUUUCUGACAGCCUCCUUAGCUGCUGUUCCUUGAAGGCUACAAAGGGGUGGCAAGAAUAAACAUUUUAGUAUAUGCGCUGCCGAAACGAGCACAAGGGUAGCAAUUUGGCUCAAGUUAGGGAGAACUGGGGGCAGGACCUGCCCUGGGCUUUUUUCGACCCUAGGCAAAGCAUGACUUUGGCUUCCCAUGCCCCACAUUCAGUUAAAAUUAUAUUCUGUACAUUACAGAAUAUAAUUUUAACUGAUUGUUGGGGCGGGGGGGGGGGGAUCAAAGUAACUUGCCAUUGGCUGGGGCAGGGGGACCGGAGAGGAAAGCAGAUUUAUACCUUUAAAACCCUAUAAGACCACUGCUGCCUGCCAUCCUGCACCACUGCCCAGCUCUGCAUGGAGUCUGCCUCUGCCAUGCCCCCCAUUGGGGUCCUAGAUGACCACCUAGGUCCGCCUAGUUGAUGAGCUGACCCUGCCAGGAGGUGGAGCUUGUGGGUUCACUAAGGCCCCCUACCUUUCUCGCCAUAGUUCAAGGGGUGGGGCUGCUGCUCAGUGGUAGAGCAUCUGCUCUGUUUUCAGUAGGUCCCGGGUUCAAUUCCUGGCAUCUGCUGGUAGGACUGGGAAAUAUUCCUGCUUGAAACCUUGGACAGCUGCUGCCAGUCCGUGUACACAGGACUGAGCUAGUAGGAGCAAUAGUCUGAUUCAGUAUAAGGCAGCUUCCUAUGUUCCAAGCACUGUGGUCAGCUGCUGAGCCUGGUCAAGAUUUGGGGUGGGCUGGGAUGGUUUGUAUGCCUUCUGAGUGCCUGAUAUCACAAUGGUGUUGAAACCUGUGAAUCCACUGAUAACAACAUAUGAGAGUUCUUCCUCUUUGGGAACCUUAUGAUUGCUUGCGUCGUACUUUGUUGCCUCCCCCACCUUAAACUUUCCAUUUGCCAUGGUAAUACAAAAUGUUGUAUAUAUAUUUCUCUUUUUCUGAACAAAGGGGUGAGGGAAGGCAGAGCAGACAAAGUUAUUUCAGAGCAUACUAAUGACAAACGUUCCGUUCCUUCUCUAAGGAUUGCUUUUCACAUUGCACUUCUAAUGGGCACAUAUUAAAGAUCUAGCAAGGCUGCUCAGCUUUGGCCCUCCUGCAGAUGUUGGCCUACAACUCCCACAAUCCCUGGCUAUUGGCCACUGUGGCUGGGGAUUAUGGGAGUUGUAGUCCAAAAACAGCUGGGGGUGGGGCUAAGUUGAGCAGGCCUGAGAGAGUGGACUCAUGGGCAUCCACAGGACUUUUUUCCAGGGGGGCAAGACAAAGGCUGCAAUCCUACACCCACAAUACCCACUAAUCUGGGAGUAAGCCCCAUUGAAUUCAGUGGGACUGGCUCAAUGCAAAGGGGGCAACUUUCUUCUUUACCCCCCUCCAGACAUCCAUGCAUGUACCCACUUGAGGUGCAUAGAUGGGGCUGGGGCUGUAGCUCAGUGGUAUUGCGUCUGCUUGGCAUGCUGAAGGUCCCAGGUUCAGUCCCUGGCAUUGCCAGGGAGGACUGGGAGGGACUCCUGCCUGAAACCUUGGAGAGCCAUGUCAGGCAGAGUAGUCCAUUCUGAGCUAGAUGGACCAAUGGUCUGACCCAAUAUAAGGCAGUUCCCCAUGUUCCUAUAUAAUUCUUCCACCAAGACCUCUUUAGUAUGCAAAAAUAAAAUACCAGAUCUUACAAGUUAAAACAAAACUGGUUUCAAUGUAAAAACGCAUUAGUCAUUUGAUUACCAAACCAAGAUACACAGCAGUGCUUAAAUUCCUUUCUCUCAAGAUAAGCAGUAGGCAGGGAAGAAAGGGAGCAAUAUCACAGCUGCAGCAAAUGAGCAAUUACCAAUUAAGGCAAGGAAGACAAGAGGGAGGAUCACAUACAAGCUGCAAGGUAUGCAUUAAAUAAGGCAUCCCCAAACUGCAGCCCUCCAGAUGUUGCUGAACUACAACUCCCAGCAUCCAUAAACACAAUUUUUUGUGGCUGGGUAUGCUGGAAGUUGUAGUUCAGCAACAUCUGGAGGGCCGCAGUUUGGGGAUGCCUGCGUUAAAUACAUACAAGUAUCAAUCAAUCAUCUUGAUUCAGUCCAUUGACCAGCAAACAUACAAGUAUGUAUUUAGCUUGUAACAUCUGGUAUUUUAUUUUUGUGUAAUAAAGAAGUCUUGAUGGCAGAAUUGCUUUGAGCCAAUAUGCGCAUAGGAUCACCAACUUAUCAACAUGUCCCUAUAUAACCAUUUAUUUCAGCAUCAUGGAGAGCCAUAAUUGGCCCUGCUCUCCACAGGGCAUUUUCAUAGUAUAUAUGCGAUAACAUAAACACAUGUAUCCACUGCACAGGUUACAAGAGUCUCGGUUAUGUAUAUGUCUAUCUUGAAGAUGUACCUGCUAAAAGUGUAACAUGUGAAGCAGUCCUCAAAUUGUCUUGUUGCCAAGGGGACCCAUACUCCUCACAGAGAGAGGAGGGUACAAAAGAGUGGGUAAGGGGAUGGGCAAAAUCAUGUUCAAGCUACAAAACACUGUGAUCUCACCGAGCCUGAGGGGAACAAAUACACCACUUUGAGCCACUUUCUCACUCUCCUCCUCUCUCCUCCGCCUUCUUUUGUACAGCUGUUAAGCAGGAUUUGACAUGUGUGCGCACAUGUGUGUGUCAUAUGUAUUUUUUUGUAUAUUUGACUGUUAACAAUAAACUUGGUGUUUAUAUUUGA